CUCUUGUUUUUUUUCGUGCCAGUCAGUCAGUCAGGUUGCGCUUAUCAGCGCGCAGGAGGCUCAUUCCUGAGUCAUCAUUUUCAUCACAGCAACCAUGACCAAAAGUGCCAAAACUAAGAAGCCAGAUCUGGUCAAAAUGGCAAGGGAGGCCGCUGCGGAUGAUAAUCGCAUCAUGGGCUACAACCUGCAGCUGCAGGCGUACGCUCGGUUCAUCCGGAAGAUUGGAGCGAUUCCGGUGCUGGACUCCAACAUGGUCAACUUCCUGCAGGCCCUGUUGGAUCAGUUGCUCAAGAUCACCGAGUUCGAGACGUUCCGGGAGGAGACCGAACGGGAACGGGAUUUGCACGGAAGGGAUGUGGCCUUCGUGCUGGCCUGUGCGUACUGCGGCAAGGUCGCAUUUCCGUCCGGUGUGCAGUUGUUGGCUCACUUGUUCAACGAUCCGCACGAUCAGGUGCGAAAGAAGAACCGUUUCAAGAAGCUUCACGGACCGAUGACGCAGGAUCUGGUGGCGUUUCUCGAGCGGGAGAAGCACAUUCUGACCCGACACCACUUCCGGGAGACGCUGCUGGAACCGUUGGUGGAUUUUUACUUCCUGACAAAGUCAUUCCUCAGCCAGACCAGUCGCUAUCUGGAGGCGUUGGAAAAGCAAGAGCAGCAGCCGUCGAUUUCCGUUGGCCGGAGUGUGGACGAGAUUCUGGGGUAUGUUGUGGAGCUGAUCGACAGGGCGCACUGCAUCGAAUCGGUGCCUCACUGCAGUACGGUGCUGUUCCAGUAUCCGACGUAUGGCGUGGCGUACACUUGCAAUAACAUCGUGUUUACCGACGUCAACGUCGUAAUGGAGUACUUGCACAAAACCCCGAAACAACCGCCUCAAAUUCAGGGCAACAUCUUUUCUCUGCCUCGUCCGCCACCGACAUCACUUCCGAACCAGAUGUUUGCCGGUCAAAAUUUACCCAUGGCCAACAACAGAUCGCCAAUGCCACCGCGACCGUUCGUGGGCGCUCCACAGCAAUCCCCAACUAUGGGACGGCCAAUUACCCGAGCAACGUCGGAGAUUCCACCCUUUGCCACGUGUCCUCCUCCCCGGAUGAUCAUGUUUCCCCAGCCGAUGCCUUUCCUGAUGCGAACACCCUCGCAACAGAUGCCGAUGAAUGCGUUCUCAACGCCACAGCAAGGUCCCCACCUUCGUCGAAUGUUGUUCAACCCGUCGACGCCACCACAAACGCCGCAGUCGCCUCAAUCUCCGAUGUUCCAACGGGGACCACCCCCGGGAUUCCUACUCCAGAUGCCGCCGUCUCCCGGCUCCCCUCCGGUGUUGGGUGGUAACGCGCACUCGUCCUUGCCUCCGUUGAACGAAGCCGGCACGGCCGAUCAUCCCAUCUUCAACGACUACCUCAAGCGGUUCCUCGCGACUCCAAAGCUGGACGAUCUCAUCGAAACGGGCAACGCCCUGUGCCACUUUACCGCCGCAAGUCUCAUCCCGUCCGAACUGAUCCGGGCCCUAAAGAGAACCAUUCCGGAGGCCCAUCUGACGAUCAGCUGCUUCGGGGCGAAGGUUUCCGGCGUCGGUUACGAAACGGACAACGUGAACCUGUACGUGGACGACGGAACCUGUCCCAAAACGGAACCGUCGAUUGGCGUUCUGUUCAAGGCACUGCUCGAUUACUUCUCAGCCCACAGCGGCGAUUGGGUUCUCCAAAACAGCAAAAUCUGCGGACUGUGGACUCACCUGAAGGUGAAAAACUGCUCCGAGAACGUCUACUGCCAGAUCUCCUUCGACAGCGAACCGUACUGCGCCAACACUCGGCUCAUUCGCUACUUCACCGGCCAAUACCCAGUCUGUCAGAAGCUGUGCUACUUCGUCCAAGAAUUUGCCAAACUGGCCGAGCUUAACUUUGAGCGCAACGUCAUCGUGGUGCUCGCCAUCUUCUACCUCCAAAUGCAGAACGCGCUGCCAACCGUUCGCCACCUCCAAACAACCCUGGACGAAACCAUCGCCUGGUCGCUAAACUUCAGCCCGCUCCCACCCUCGGACCUCAAGCUGAAACCGCUCGCCUCCCAAGACAUCCGCCAAAUCGGCCGCUCCUUCUUCCACUUUUACGGCCACAAACUGACGCCGCUCUCCGAGUACGUGCUGUGUCCGUACGACGGCCAGAUCAUCGGCCGGUCCGAUUUCAGCCCUGCGAACGAGUGGCGCCUGCCGCAGCCGCGCUACCGCGCCUACCUCGAAUCGGCAGCCGGAGUGCAGCUCGAGCGGCUGGACGUGGGAGGGCCGAUGUGCGUGCAGGAUUUGCUCGUGCUCAAGACGAACAUCGCCGGCAAGGUCAGCGCGGACGACUGCAAGAAGUUUGUACGGCUGUGCCGCAUGGCGGACGAAUUUUACGCGAAUAAUGCGCUGUGAAGAAGUCAAGUGCAUUAUUAUAUACUUUUUUUUUGUUUCGUUACGUUUUACGGUGCCGCAUUCGAAGGCAUUCGUUAUUUUAUUGACAAGUUACUUCUUUUUUUUACCAAACGCGACUCGCAGUAAUUAUAUUACACUCAAAAUACACUGAAUUACCAUGACCAAAUCGAGAGAGAAUAAAAGAUAGAUAAAACUUUUUUGAAAGUUUCUA